AUGCUGCUGCCGAAGCAACAACAGCAGCAGCAAAGGAAGCAUCAACAACAGCAGCGGCCUCAGCAACAACCUGAGCAACUCCCUCAGCGACAGCAGGACCAUCAUCAUCAGCUGCAGCAACAGCCUCAGCAGCAGCCUCAGCAAAAGCCUCAGCAACAGCAGCAAGAACACCGACAAGAUAAGCAACAACAGCAACAACCACAACAACAGCCGCCACGAAGCUGCUUGAAGCGCCCAUGCUCCGAGAAGUCGUUCGCUGGGCCCGACACCAAGCAGUCGAUGCGCACAACACCCGCCAGCUCAAUCGGACAAAGAGAAACAAAGACAAGCCUUCUAACUGAAGGAGCUAGGGUGGGAGAAGGCAAGACUGCCUGGGCCGGCGUGGCUCCCGAAGACGCCGUUCCCCCGGCAGUGACGCAAGCAGGGACGCAGGCACGGAUGCAGGCACGGACAAAUGAACAGAAAUUGGAAGCCGAGGAAAACUUGUGUGUUGUGCACAACCCACCGCCUGUCGGGGUCUACUACUCCGGCUCUGGAUUUCCACUGUGUACAUGUAAACAGAGGCCAACGUGGUUCGACCUUUUUCUUGGAAGAUCAGCGGAUAAGAGAGCCGAUUCGGAGGACAGUAAAGGUUUCGUCCAUGGUGACAGCUGCACCUCCAUCGAGGCAAUGCACAAGGGCAACUGGAGCGAGACCAGCGACACUGCAUCUCGAAAGCUGCGAACCCUGUUCAGGAAGUUCCACAGCAUGGAAGAUAACAGCGUGCGGGACGAUGUCCUGCCAUCAACAGCGCAAGCCAUCUGCUUCGCUUUUGGUCUGCUAGUCCUGUUGGCAGGCACUGGUGCGCUGCUCUAUUUUGUCUGGGAGGUGGACCACGAGGUGCAAGUGAGCGCAGUGCGCGGCCGCUACGCUGGCCGGACCCGUGUGGUGGGCGCGAGACACGUGUACGAAUUUCUCGGCAUCAGCUUUGCCCGCGAUCCCGUCCGUAGCAUGCGCUUCCAGCAGUCCCUGGCGAUGGACAGGCACAUGCUUCUCACCAAGGCACUCUCAAUGAAGCCGGGCUGUGUGCAAGACAAGGAUUACGCGAUGGCCGACAGAGACGGCCCAGUGACCGAGCGCUGCCUUCACCUGAACAUAUGGACGCCGAUGCUGCCAGGUCACCGGUGCAAGAGCGAAUGCGAGCGCAGGACAGUACUGGUAGUGUUUGUGGGCCGAGACUUCCAGUUCGGUGGCAACUCGCACAGCUUGUACAGGGGCGAGCUGCUGGCUUUACACGCUAACGCAGUUGUCGUGGUGCCCAACUACCGGCUUGGCCCGUUCGGCUUUCUUAACGGUCGAAUCGUGGACAUAAAGGGCAACGCGGGUCUCCACGACCAGAAGAUCGCGCUCGAUUGGGUCCUGGAAAACAUCGAGUUCUUCGGCGGUAACCCAGAAGACUUUCAUAACGAUUAG